AAGCUCUCGUCUCAGUAAAUCAGUAUUGAAGUGAUUCCCCAAAAGUGCUCAGAAUUUCCUGUCUACGCUCUGUAUACAGAGUGGCCUGGACCCCACACACUAAUCAUUUCACAGUGGAUGAGGCACCCCAUGUCCCUCUCAUUCCUUUGUCGGAGACUGUGGAUUGAAUCUCUGGCUGCCUCACCCAGGGAUCCCAGGGGACACAGCAGCCAGUUCCUGUUGCUCAGUCUUGCUCCACCUCCAGGCUGUGUUUGUGGAAUAUGAAGCACCAUGGUGUGGUGUGAUCGUGGGGUACAGAUGCUGCUGACCACAGUGGGGGCUUUCGCAGCCUUUAGUCUAAUGACCAUCGCUAUUGGCACAGAUUACUGGCUGUACUCCCGGGCUCACAUCUGUAACGGAACUAACUUAACUAUGGAUGAUUCUCAGACUCAACCCAAGAAGACCAAAGGGGAUCUCACCCACUCCGGGCUCUGGAGGAUCUGUUGCAUUGAGGGCCUAUACAAAGGAAACUGCUUCAGAAUUAAUCACUUUCCGGAAGACAACGACUAUGACCACGACAGCUCGGAGUAUAUUUUACGCAUUGUCCGUGCCUCCAGUGUGUUUCCGAUCCUCAGCACAAUCUUGCUGUUACUAGGAGGGCUUUGCGUCGGGGCAGGACGGAUUUAUAACAGAAGGAAUAACAUUAUACUCAGUGCUGGAAUUCUCUUUGUAGCAGCUGGGCUCAGUAACAUCAUUGGAAUUAUUGUGUACAUAUCUAGCAAUGCCGGAGACCCCAGCGAUAAAAAAGACGAGGAUAAGAAAAACCAGUACAACUAUGGUUGGUCAUUCUAUUUUGGGGCACUGUCUUUCAUUGUGGCAGAGACUAUAGGAGUGCUGGCUGUAAAUAUUUAUAUUGAAAGGAACAAAGAGUUGAGGUUUAAGUCAAAGAGGGAAUUCAUUAAGACGCCAUCUUCUUCACCAUAUGCCAGAAUGCCUAGCUACAGGUACCGAAGAAGACGGUCAAGGUCCAGCUCUCGGUCCACAGAGGCUUCUCCAUCCCGGGAAAUAUCUCCAGCUGGCAUAAAGUAUGCCAGUGCCAUUCCCAUGGGAGAAAUUUCUAUGUACACUCUUUCCAGGGAACCUUUGAAAAUUACAACAGCUGCCAGUUUUAAUCCAGACCAAGAUGCCAGUUUCAUGCAAGUCCACAACUGUUUUCAGAAAGAACUGAAGGAAGGUCUUAAUAUCAGCAUGGUUAACCGAAGGACGACCCCUGUUUGAUAAAGACUUCUUUCUCUCUUAGGGAUGUUAUACACAGAGAAGAAGAGCAGUGAGUGGACCUUAAUGGAAGAUUGACCACAAUAGUGCCACAAAACAUACAUUAAUGUUAAGAUUAUGUAAAAGGGCUUUGAUCAGCAUAGUGAUGGAAAGGAUUACGGCAAUGGGGACACCGUUUUCUACAUUAUGCUGUAUAUAGAGAAGAAAUAAGAAGUCUAACCAUGGAGGAAGUAUGUCUCCUUUCUCUACUCUUUGAUAGACUGUUUAAUGUUGAAUUCUCCCUACUGUAUCUAGUGUAAAGCAAUGCACUUUUGAAUUCUUAAUUCUAGAAUGAAUGGGAACAUUCUAGUUUUAGGAAGGGAUGGUAGAGUUCUGAUCAUUCCUCCCAGUAAUAUUACAUUGUGGAAACAAGUAGUGGAGUCUCUUGUUUUGCCAAAUAAGCCAUGUUGUAUUUUUAAUGCCAAUUAUUAAAUUACUUUAUUAAAAGCCCAAAA